AUGUUCCGUCUGCACGCAACGCUUUUCGGUAGCGCCUCCCCGUUUAUCAAUAGCUCCACUCUCUACUUCACACAAUUUCCAGAACACUCUGGCGUGAAGGCGCAUCCGUUUCCGUACAUCCUGGAAUGCUGGUCCUGGCCUACCCCCUCCUUCAAAACCACCCUGCCCAGAAUACCCCCCUCCUGGUCCCCCACCUCCUCCCAUGCUCGGGUGUGCCAAGCCUCCAGUGCUGGUGCCGCCGCUGCUGCUGCUGCUGCUGUGGGCGUGGCGGGUGGCGCGAACCAGACGAGGGAGGGGCAGAGGCAGGCCGUGGUGCUGAUGGGGGCGGCUCCUUAG